AUGGUGAAACCUCCUUUCUAUGAAAAGAACAAGGCGAAAAUGAAAGAUGGUCGUUGGCUGGAGGAAGAGGAAGAUGCUAAAAGAUCACUUGCAUAUGCAACAAAGCAAGGAACAACAAGCAACUGGACAACCAUGCCAAAGAAAGCUGCAGGAUUGAGGAAAUGUGGAAAGAGUUGCAGGAUAAAAUGGAGUGGCAAUCAAAGGCCGCCUGAUCUUGGGGAUGACAACUUCACACCUGAGGAAGAGGAUUUGAUUAUAAAGCUCCAUUCUACCAUAGGAACCAGCAGAGACAUGAAGAAUGCAUUCAACAUGAGAUCAGAACUAUAUAAUCAAAACCCACAGCAAAGGCCUUCUUACUUUCACAGCCAUUACUCAACAAGAAUUGCACCAUUAGAACUUGAAGCCUCCACUCAACAACAUUUCUUUAGCAAUGAUGGUAUAUCUGCUGGCAAUCAGUCGCUAGAUCUUCUUUCACAGCUUCAGGCCAUUACAAUGGUUACUGAGGCCACAGAUUAUGCCAAUAAUUCCACCCAGCAAAUGCAGAUUGAAUUCACUUAUUCAUCUGCAUCAUCGUCAUCGCCAGAGUCUCCACCCUCGAAAACAAACCAAGCCAUCACUCCAUCUCCGGGGUUCAGCUGGUGUGACUUUCUGCUUGAAGAUGCUUAUGCAUCAACAAGACUACAAGAGCAAGGAAAUUCAAUUAUAUUUCCACCAACUGAUGAACUGAGUUCAAUUCAGGUCCAAAACACUUCUGAUGCAGCCGAAGAAGAAAUGAAUAUGCUCAUGAAGACAGCCGAGGCUUCAACUGUAGCCAGUGGUUCAUUUGUUGAGAACAUGCUUGAAGGGGAAAAUGAAAUGUUAUCAGAUUUCCAUGGACUUCUGGAGGAACCAUUUUAUUACUGA